AUGCAACAACAUGUUCAAGCCGGCACGAUCGGCGGGCGGGAUUUCAACGCCAUCUUGCAAGAGACGAUCCAACUACCCAAUAAGUACGCGCCCGCGGAGGGUCAGCCAGACGACCGAAAGGGCGGUGCAUGGUACGCGGGUUUCGUUAACGGCGACAGCCGCUUCUACCAGUACAGCAGAGACCUGCCGUCGGACCCCAGCUUCGACCCCAAGAAGGCCCUUCAAAAGCCUUCUCUUGGGUUCCACUAUCUCAACAACCUCCCCGGCUUCAACGGCAUGCUGCUCGAGAACGUCCACGGUGAGAUCAUCGCGGGUCUCAAGGCCGCUAAGGACACCAAAGAGCUACAGGAACUAUACCAGACCGACAAGGUCAAGAAAGCCCUCGCCGACGGCGCCAACUUUCUGCAUCGGCAGUGCAAAAACGGCUCUCCGCUUCCUCCGGGGACAGUGGCCGCCAUCAUGUCCGACAUGGUGAUUGUCCGAGGGCACAUCGUGGACGGCGGCGCCCAAACGCUGAUCUUGCAAACCGUGUCCGAGAAGCAGCCACUCGACCUAGGCCUCGCCUUCCACAGCCUCCAUCAGGCUGGCGAUGGGAUCGCGCACUCGGUUUCGGGUAUCGGCUCGUCGCCCGCGCCGCGCGGCUUCAGCACCGCGAACAAUAUCACCGGCGUGGCCAUGUGGUCGGUGACCGCCAUCCCCGGCGUCGUCAGCUUCAUCGCCGACGAGCUCGGCUUCGAGAGCGUCGACGAGUUUCUCGAAUAG